CGCUCUUCUCAUUGCAACUUUUGCAGGGUCUCUACAGUCAUGUUAAACACUAGCUCAAGUCAACCUGCAAUUUGGCUCAACAUUUGAGCCAAAAACAAUUCACAAUCGGCGGGGUUGUGUUGCAGAAAUCUUCCUCUAUAAUUUUCCCGUGGACUGAGCACGAAUUUGGAACCCUGGAUGGGAUUUUAGACAUGUUUUCUCACUAAUAAACUGGGCUAGUAAUGCAGGAGACAGAGACUCUGUCAGUGGCUCAAGAUGGCAGAUUUUUAUUGAGUUCUGAACAGAUAUCUUGCUUUAUUUUUUGCCAUGAAUAACAUAAGUCCUUGCACCGAUGGCCCCUGUGUACGAAGGUAUGGCCUCGCAAGUGCAAGUCUUGUCCCCUCACACUCUCCAGUCAAGUGCCUUCUUUAGCGUGAAGAAGCUGAAGGUGGAGCAGAGUUCAUACUGGGAUAUGACAGGGUACGGCACACACAGCAAAGUCGUCUACAACCAGAACAGCAAGCAGCAAUUGUCCCAAGCCACAUCUCUGGGAAUCAACUGCUCUCUGCCCUACGAGCAGUCUGCGCUAAUCUUCCCGGCGAGUGCGGGGAAAAUUGUGGUUGCCUCGGCCAGCAGUACCUCAGGCACUGCAGGGCCUCUGGGGCCUCUGUUGAGCUUGGGCGGUAGCAGUAGUGGUGGAGGCAGUAGCAGUAGCGGAGGAGGAAGCGGGGGAACAGUCCACAACCUGACCCGUCGCAGCACCGUCAGCCUGCUGGACACCUACCAGCGAUGUGGGCUUAAGCGCAAGAGUGAGGAGCUCGACAACAGCAACAGCAGCGUGACGAUCAUCGAGGAGCACGGCGGCAGCACAACGAUGAUCCAGAACGCAGCCAGCGGGGCCACGGUGGCCAUCGUCACGGCAACGGCCACAUCAACAGCCACCUCCAAGAACAGUGGUUCCAACAAUGAAGGGGACUACCAGUUGGUGCAGCACGAGGUGGUCUGCUCCAUGACCAACACCUACGAGGUGCUAGAGUUCUUGGGCAGAGGUACCUUUGGCCAAGUGGUCAAGUGCUGGAAGAGGGGCACCAACGAGAUUGUGGCCAUCAAGAUCCUGAAGAACCACCCAUCGUACGCGCGCCAGGGCCAGAUCGAGGUGAGCAUCCUGGCCCGGUUGAGCACAGAGAGUGCAGAUGACUACAACUUUGUGCGUGCCUACGAGUGCUUCCAGCACAAGAACCACACAUGCCUGGUGUUCGAGAUGCUGGAGCAGAACCUGUACGACUUCCUCAAGCAGAACAAGUUCAGUCCACUGCCGUUGAAGUACAUUAGGCCAGUCUUACAGCAGGUGGCCACAGCCCUGAUGAAGCUCAAGAGCCUGGGCCUGAUCCAUGCUGACCUGAAGCCAGAGAACAUCAUGUUGGUGGACCCCUCCAGGCAGCCCUACCGAGUCAAGGUCAUUGACUUUGGCUCGGCCAGCCACGUGUCCAAAGCCGUGUGCUCCACCUACCUGCAGUCCAGAUACUACAGAGCUCCGGAGAUCAUCCUGGGCCUGCCCUUCUGUGAGGCCAUCGACAUGUGGUCCCUGGGCUGUGUCAUCGCUGAGCUCUUCCUAGGCUGGCCCCUCUACCCGGGGGCCUCCGAGUACGACCAGAUCCGAUACAUCUCUCAGACACAGGGGCUGCCUGCGGAGUACCUCCUGAGUGCAGGGACUAAGACUACCAGAUUCUUCAACAGAGACACAGACUCUACCAACUACCCCCUGUGGAGGCUGAAGACACCAGAGGACCAUGAGGGAGAGACGGUGAUCAAGUCCAAGGAGGCCCGGAAGUACAUCUUUAACUGCCUGGAUGAUAUGGCUCAGGUUCAGAGCACUGUGAAUAUGACAUCAGAUCUGGAGGGCAGUGACAUGCUGGCGGAGAAGGCAGACCGUAGAGAGUUCAUCGACUUGUUGACCAAGAUGCUUACGAUCGACGCGGACAAACGGAUCACCCCCAUCGAGACCCUCAAUCACCCCUUCGUAACCAUGACCCACCUCCUUGACUUCCCCCACAGCACACAUGUCAAGUCCUGCUUCCAGAACAUGGACAUCUGUAAGCGUCGUGUGGGCAUGUACGACACAGUCAACCAGAGCAAGACCCCUUUCAUCACCCACGUGGCCCCCAGCACCUCCACCAACCUCACCAUGACCUUCAACAACCAGCUCAACACUGUGCACAACCAGGCCACCAACCUGGCUCCCUCCACCACCAGUACCACCCUUUCCCUUGGCAACCCCGAUGUCUCCAUAUUAAACUACCGAUCUGCACUCUACCAGCCCUCAGCGGCCUCCAUGGCUGCCGUGGCACAGAGGAGCAUGCCCCUGCAUCCUGUGGCCCCUCAGCUCUGUGCUGCCCGGCCUGACCCCUUCCAGCAGGCCCUCAUCGUCUGCCCACCUGGCUUCCAAGGUAUGCAGGCCUCCCCGUCCAAACACACGGGCUACUCUGUGCGGAUGGAUAACGCCGUUCCCAUAGUGACGCAGGCCCCCGGCACCCAGCCCCUGCAGAUUCAGCCAGGCCUGUUGACACAGCAGGCCUGGCCCAAUGGCACCCAGCAGAUCCUCCUCCCCCCUGCCUGGCAGCAGCUCACCCACACCUCAGUCCAGCACGCCACCGUCAUCCCUGACUCCAUGACGGCCUCCCAGCCCCUGGCUAACUGGAGGAAUUCUCACCCACACGGCGGCCAUUACAAUCCCAUCAUGCAACAGCCGGCACUGCUGGCUGGCCACGUCACCCUCCCAUCCAACCACAACCAGCCUCUCAAUGUGGGCGUGGCCCAUGUGAUGAGGCAACCGUCAAACAAUAACAACAACUCCUCUUCCAAAAAGAACAAGCAGCAUCAGAUGACUACCAGGAACGUGUCUGCGUACGAGGUGUCCUCCUCCCAGGCGGUACAAUCACCACAGCGCUCCAAGCGGCUGAAGGAGAACACCCCUCCACGUUGUGCUGUGCUUCAGAACAACGGCCCUUCCUCCGGCUCCAGCUGCGGACCCCCCCUGGGCUGUGGAGGGUGGGGACGGGGCGAGGCAGAGCAGGCCUCCAGCACCACAAGGGACCACCAUCAGCACCACAACGGGCAGCGUCAGACCAUCAUCAUCCCUGAUACGCCCAGCCCUGCCGUCAGCAUCAUCACCAUCAGCAGUGACACGGACGAGGAGGAUGAUCACAAGAAUAGCAACACCAACCAUACUAGCUCAUUCAAGCAGAGGAAGAACGUCAUCAGCUGUGUCACAGUACACGACUCCCCCGACUCUGACUCAUCCAGUAACAACAGUCCCUAUGCAGUAGAGUCCAGGCAGCCCAACAACAAUGGCUACCAUGACUCCAAGACCACCCUGCUGGACAACUACAGCAACAGAAACAACCUUCGCUCCAUCAUCAUCCCCCCUCUGAAGAGCCAGUCCAGCGAGGUGCUGAGCGAGUGUGAGCGCCUGAUGCCAGGUACCUACACAGAUAUCUACACAGAUGCAAUGAAUCAUCAGAAUUCGGCGUACAAGUUCAAAACCUCCAAUGGCGCGGGCAUGGUGUCUGGCAACAACCACCUGUCGGGGGGCGUGGCUUACCGACAGCAGCGCUCGGGGCCAAACCCCUUCCAGCAGCAGCAGCCUCUCAAUCUCAGCCAGGUAUGGAGAGAGAGCCAAGCCCAGCAUCACAUGGUAACUGAGCGGAAUGGAGGCCACCGGCGCCAGCAGGCUUACAUCACCCCAACCAUCGCAGCCCAGGCCCCCUACUCCUUCCAGCACCACAACAGCCCCUCUCACACUGCCAACGUCCACACCCACCUGUCUGCCACCCACCUGGCUGCCACCCACCUGCCCGGCCAGCCCCACCUCUACACCUACACUGCCACGCCCGCAGCCCUGGGCUCCACAGGCACUGUGGCCCACCUGGUGGCAACCCCGGGCUCUGCCCGACACACGGUCCAGCACACCACAUACCACACACCGGGCAUUGUUCACCAGGUACCCGUCAGCAUGGGGCACCAUGUGCUGCCCUCACCCACCCUGCACCACAGCCAGUACCAGGCUCAGUUUGCUCACCAGACGUACAUCAGCGCCUCGCCUGCCUCCACUGUCUACACUGGAUACCCACUGAGCCCCACCAAGGUGAACCAGUACCCUUACCUCUAGAGCCAAGCCAACACACUGGAGACCCAGACCCCCAGAUCCAGACCCCAGCAAUGCUGCUGCUGCUGCUCACUCCAUGUCCUUCCUCCCUAUCCCCACUCCACAGACAGAGAGAUAGAGAGAGAGACAUGCAAUCUUUAUAAAACUGUCACGUUUACUUGAAGACAUAAUGACAGAGAGGAAAAAGGUAAAUAAAUAGACAGAGAAAGGAGAGGUGGAAUUUCUAUUAUUACUUUUCUUUUCCCCCAAAAUUCUCCAAAAGGGCCAGUUUUGCUUUGUUUUCUCUCUUGGUUUUAUUUCUACUUUCAAUCAGAGUAAUUUCUCAUUAUUUUAUAGCAAGGUCUUCAUAAUGGGCCUUUGGGAGAGGUGGAGGCUUUUUGUUCUCCUAAAACAGCUUUUUGUUUGUUUUUGUUUUCCCGUCUUGAAUUGGAAAGGGACUGUUUUAACAAGGGGUCCCUCUCUGGAUGUUGGAAUUCCCAUCAGAAGAAUUCCCGUGAGGAUUCCCGUGAGGAUUUGGGAAUGAAGGUGAAAUACGGAAACCUGCUGCUCUUCAAAGAAUACAAAAAAUAAUGAUGGCCUUGAACUGUCUUAAACAUUUUCAAAUCAUUCAAUGUGUGGGGGAGAGAGAACGAAGCAUCCCUCCACAUCCCACACCCCUCCUUCUCCAACAGACAACUGGAGUCAGGAGUCUUCUGGAAAUAUAAUCAACAAAAGACAAAAAAAAAUAGGUAUUUUCCCUUUGUUUUUUAGUUCUCACCUUUUUGAGGAGGCUUAUGUUUUAGCUAUAGCAGUCGUAGCUGGGCCCUGUUUUUAGAAUGUAGCAGUAUGCACCCAGAUAAUUUUAUGAAUAACUUUUUCUGAUACCAAUAGAAUUUAUUUGUUCCUCUUUUUUCAUUGUGAUUGCACAAAGUGGUUAUAAUAACAUAGGCAUGUACAACGUGAUUGUCUGUGUGUGCGUGUGCUACUGUCAGCCAUGUGUGUGUAGUCCACCUCUUGCACCUUUGUGCUAUAAUACUUGGAAUCCUCCGCAGUCUUAGGUUUGACCAUUGUUCCCUCGUAGUGCCUUACAGAUAUAACGACACAGUUUACUUCGCUGGAACCUUGAGAACCAACAGACUAGCUGGAACUGGUUCCUUUCUUUGACGUCUUAUUGUCGGGGCAGAUUUGAUUUCUCUUCCAGGUGUAGGCUUAGCCCCUAGCUCUGUGUCCUAUCCUUAUCACAGUAUACUACAGCCAUAAGAGGUUAGAGUUCAUAUUUAACUGACCUUUGGCUUUUUUGUAAAGUGUACAUGAGUUUAACUUGCCUGGGGUACUGAACCAAAGUUGUUAGAUCCAUCCUCUUUACAGUGUGUGCUGGAUAUACAUUUUCAUUUGUGUACAGUAUAACUGUAAGUCAUCGUGGCGCACAUACAUACAAUGGCUUUAGUUUGAGAUGUGUUACUUUGUUUUUUAUAUCACACAAGGGAAUCAGUGCCCAGGAAUAAUAUAACAGAGAAGUAUCAGCACAAGGAUCCAAUUAGGAGUAAUGGAAAAAGCAAAAAUACAAGAAAGUGACUGUCAAAAACAUUUAUGUGAUGAGUUCAUUUGACACAUCAAUAGUCCAGAGUUCGAGAAAAAAUAGGAAUCAGAGGUUAAAAGCUAAGCCAGUAGAAAGGCAUGAUGGGAAGUGGUGGUUGCUAUGGCGGCAAUCCUCAGAAGGCCACCAAGAGAGAGCCUGGUUGUUUGCAGUAGGGAAGCAGAGUAUUGAGGACUGUUGAGAGGGGUUGCUGGGUAGGAGUAAGACCUGGGUUCAAAUACUAUUUGAAAUCUUUUAAAUAAUUCUAACGUUUGCUUUAGAGUGCCUGCAGUACCAGAUUGGCGGCGUUUGCAGUUUUUCAGCUAUUGCAUUGCUGCAGGCAAACUCAAUCACGCCCAGCUAAAGUAUUUGAAAUGAUUUUAAAUAGUAUUUAAACCCAGGUCUGGCGUGAGUGAGUGAGUGAGUGAGUGAGUGAGUGAGUGAGUGAGUGAGUGAGUGAGUGAGUGAGUGAGUGAGUGAGUGAGUGAGUGAGUGAGUGAGUGAGUGAGUGAGUGAGUGAGUGAGUGAGUGAGUGACUAGUAGAAAGCAUUUGGUUGGUCUGGGUAGGAACUGAGGAUGGCAAAGUGGUAGGGUGGCAUUCCUCAUGUAAAUGGGACUAAAAGAAUAGCAUGUCGGCAUGGAGCAGGUUGGUAGUAACAGUGACGGUGGGCAGGAGUUACAGGAGCACUGUAUGAAUGCACACCUAACUCUGAUACAAGUUGUUGUGUUGUUGUAGUGGUUUUGUAAAGAUAAACAGAAGUUAUUUAGUCAUUUCUGCCCUGAGGGUUGUGUAGCACCUCUCCGCAUAGAGAGAGACGUGAACGGAACAGAAAUGCUUCUGCGUACACCUGGAAGGGCUUACUAUGAAAUGGGCUUCAUUUGUUGACACUGUAUCCAUUUUGUCUUCAGAAUCAUGUGUUCACAGAUAGCAUACCACCAGAAAGGGAUACCUGAUAGUAAGAGAACUGAUUGGGCUAUUGCUUCUAUGUGUGCUGCUUAAUUUAAUAUCAGUUGUAUUUUUCGUAGCCAAUGAUAAAUGAUUACUAUGUUUGUUGUAGUGUCCUCAUGAAGUAGGCACAUCAGAAAUACUGUUUUAGUGAGAGCCUUCCCCUUAUCCCUUCAUGUCAUGCCAUAGUACUUGCAUUUUAAGUGAUUCUUUUAUUUCUACGUUAUUAUUGAACUUUUUAAAUGGCUGUAGGUACAGUAUAAACUGUAUUGUGUUAUUUUACAGAUUGUUGCAAUAAUUCUCGUGGAUGUUUUUAUCAGUGAUUUGUUAGUAGGCUCAUUUCUAUGUUGAUUUGUAACUGGGAGUUGCUGUACAGUGAUGUUAUGUAUUCAUAAGGAGGGGUGUAUACCUGUGUAAAGUGUUCAGGCACCGUUGACAAUAAUAAAGUUAUAAAGUUGA